ACAAUCAUUUUGAACCCAUUCUCUCUCUCUCUCUCUCUCUCCAAUUCCAAAUCCAAAUUCUUAAUCCUUUCUCUCUCUCUUCUUUCGAAUUUCAAUCUCAGUUUCUCUGAAUCUCUAGAGAGAGAGAGAUAGAGAGAGAGAGAGAGAGAGAGAGAGAGAGCAGAGGAGAGAUGUUGAAUCCGGCGAACGAUCUGUUACCGCCGCCGUCUUCUCCAACCAAUUCAUCCAUCUCCUCCUCCGAUCUCGACACUGAGUCUACAGGUUCGUUUUUCCAUGAUAGGAGCACGAGCUUGGGGACUCUAAUGGGCGUCAGUUUUCCGGCGAUAACCUUCCGAGCGCCGUCACAGAACCGAGACCAACACGCCGGCGCAGCCGCCGCCGCCGCCGGCCCUUCCCGCAGGAGCAAGAAGCCGAAGAGGAAAACCACGGCGGCGCCGGCACUCGUCGCGGAUCGGAAGCGGAGGUGGUGGCGGCUGUGCCGGGACGACGGCGUUAAGCCGGCAUCUCUCGGCGAGUUUCUCGAGGUCGAACGGAGAUUUGGGGACGGUGCUUUCUACGGUAACGCGGUGGAUCUGGAAGGCGUGGUAGAUCAACAGAGGAAUGGGCGAAUGUUGUUCGCCGACGGGAGAGUGCUUCCGCCGCCGCCGCAAACGGAGGAAGACGCGUCGGCGGCCGGCGCUCUCUGCCGGUUUUCCGUAUCGCUCACCGGGAUUUGCAGCGGCGGUGCCGGCUAAAAUGUGGGAUUUCUGCAGUUUAUUUAUCAUAUUAUAUUUAUUAUAUAUUAAUUAAUCAAAUGCUUUAAUUAACGUGGAAGAAAGAAAGGGAAAAAAAAAACGUCACCUUUAUCUUGUAGGUGACCCUCUUUUAUUUGAUUUCCUUUAAUCAUCUCACACAUUACUCUUCUCUUUUUUCUUUAAAAAAAAAGUAACACUCAGAUCUUCAUCUUUGAAGCUUCCGGA